AAUUCAACCACUUAACGGGGAACGAACGGACGAACGAACGAGCAGCGCCAUGAUCGCCACUCAGCUAAGACCCUUCUGAGAACGACAAUGGCAACUCUCUUCUCUCUCUCUCCUUCUCCGUCUCCAUCUUCUUCCUCUGCUUUUCUUCCACCUCCAAAACCCAUCUUCAAACACCCAUCAUCUUCCCUCAGACCCAAACCGACCCUCCAUUUCCGAAGGCCUCUCGCUACAACCUCUCUUCUACUGUCACCCCAAUCCGACCCGCCCAAGACGCCGGAGGUGCAGACCUUCUGGCAAUGGCUCUCCGACGAAGGCGUCAUCUCGGCCAAGUGUCCGGUGAAGCCCGGGGUAGUACCCGAAGGGCUAGGACUGGUUGCUAAGAGAGACAUAUCUCGAAACGAGGUCGUUUUGGAGGUGCCCAAGAAGUUCUGGAUCAAUCCGGAGACAGUCUUGUCUUCAGAGAUUGCAAGUGUUUGCGGCGGCCUCAAGCCUUGGAUCUCAGUUGCUCUGUUUCUGAUCAGAGAGAAGAAGCUGCUGGAUGACUCACCCUGGCGAUAUUAUCUUCGUAUUCUUCCCGAGUACACUGAUUCUACCAUAUAUUGGUCAGAAAAGGAGCUCUCUGAGAUUCAAGGGACCCAACUAUUAAGCACGACACUGGGAGUGAAAGAAUAUGUCCAGAGUGAAUUUGAGAGAGUGGAAGAGGAAGUCAUACUUCCUAAUAAGCAGCUUUUCCCUUUCCCUGUAACAUUUGAUGAUUUUCUGUGGGCUUUUGGAAUACUCAGAUCAAGAGCAUUCUCUCGCCUUCGUGGACAGAAUCUUGUUUUGAUCCCCGUUGCAGACCUGAUCAACCACAGCCCAAGCAUUACCACAGAGGAAUAUGCAUGGGAGAUCAAAGGAGCUGGUCUUUUCUCUAGGGACCUUCUGUUUUCUUUACGGUCCCCAAUACCCGUCAAGGCUGGUGAACAGGUAUUGAUACAAUACGACAUGGACAAGAGCAAUGCCGAGUUAGCUCUGGAUUAUGGAUUCAUAGAAUCAAGGCCAGAGCGAAAUGCUUAUACCUUAACGCUACAAAUAUCUGAAUUGGAUGAGUUCUUCGCAGACAAGCUGGACAUCGCAGAAUCAAAUGGUCUGGGCGAAACUGCAUACUUUGACAUCAACCUGGGCAGUACUCUUCCACCUGCUAUGCUUCCAUAUCUGCGGUUGGUAGCACUGGGAGGAGAGGAUGCUUUCCUCCUGGAGUCCAUAUUCAGAAACUCUGUUUGGGGCCACCUUGAACUGCCGGUUAGCCGUGCCAAUGAGGAGCUUAUAUGCCAAGUAGUCCGGGGAGCUUGCAAGUCUGCACUCUCUGAGUAUCAUACCACCAUUGAAGAGGAUGAGAAGCUGAUGGAAGGUGGGAAUGUUGAUGGGAGAGUUGAGAUAGCAGUAGGGGUGAGAGCAGGGGAGAAGAAGGUGCUACAGCAAAUAGAAGUAAUCUUCAAGGAGAGGGAACAAGAAUUGGACGGGCUGGAAUACUAUCAAGAAAGGAGGCUCAAGGAUCUUGGCCUGGUUGGGGAGCAAGGUGACAUUAUAUUUUGGGAGACCAAAUAGAAACAACCCACCCCUUUCUACCAAUUCUCUCUGCUCUCAUAACUUAUAUAUAAGCUAAUGUUAAAAUCCACGUUAGCAGUUUCGCCAUUCCGUCCAAUAUUUGAGAUUUUUCUGCUGCAUUGAACGAUAAGGAAUAAGUCUGGUUUGUAAUUCUUUUUCAUAAAUAGUUCUUUUUAGUUCUA